AGACUUCAGCGAAUGAAACAUGCGAGUCAGUGCAUGAAAGAGAACGAAAACGAUUCGUUCUUUUAAAAGAUUCGUUCUCAAACACCGUGCUCCACUGUGAUUCACUUUGAGACAUUUGGCUGCAUGUUUUGGAUACAAUCUUGGAUAACGUUUUUACGUGAAAAAAUCUUAAGCUGGCGUUCACAGCAGACCACAGAACCUCACCAGUGGAAACUUUUUAGUCACGAAAACCUUGUUUUUGGGGGUUUCUUGCUCUGUCUCAGUCAGUGUAGUUUGGUUCGCGGUCCCGUAUAAUCUUUGUGCUUUCAGAACCGCUGUUUUAAUCUGUUUUAAGGCAUCUGUUUUCAUCUGCUGGAAUCAUCUCGUGCGGAACUGCCAACGCCUCAUCUCUGGCAUCGUUAUUCUUCAGGCUGCAGGAAAAUUACUACAUCGUUCGGUGUUAAAGGUUCUUAUUUAUCGUUUUAUAAACAUUUCGCAAAAUGGGUUGCACGUUAAGUUCUGAAGAUAAAGCAGCGAUGGAGAGGAGUAAGAUGAUUGAUCGGAACCUGCGAGAGGACGGAGAAAAAGCAUCUAGAGAAGUCAAACUACUGCUGCUCGGUGCUGGGGAAUCAGGGAAGAGUACAAUAGUUAAGCAAAUGAAGAUCAUUCAUGAAGAUGGCUACUCAGAUGAGGAAUGUAAGCAGUAUAAAGUUGUGGUUUACAGCAACACUAUUCAGUCCAUCAUCGCCAUUAUCCGGGCCAUGGGCCACUUAAAGAUCGAAUUUGGGGAUCCUGCAAGAGCGGACGAUGCUCGGCAGCUCUUUGUGCUCGCCGCCACUGCAGAGGAAGGAGUCAUGACCCCUGAGCUCUCUGGGGUCAUCCGCCGGCUGUGGAAGGACGAAGGAGUGCAGACGUGUUUCGUCAGAUCACGAGAGUAUCAGCUCAAUGAUUCAGCAGCCUACUAUCUGAAUGAUCUUGAUAGGAUAGCCCAGCCCACCUAUAUGCCCACUCAACAAGAUGUGCUGAGGACUCGAGUCAAGACCACUGGCAUUGUAGAAACACAUUUCACCUUCAAAGAGCUCUACUUCAAGAUGUUUGAUGUUGGUGGCCAACGUUCAGAGCGGAAGAAAUGGAUUCAUUGUUUUGAAGGUGUCACUGCUAUUAUCUUCUGCGUGGCACUCAGCGACUAUGACCUGGUGCUAGCUGAAGAUGAAGAGAUGAACCGUAUGCAUGAGAGCAUGAAGCUUUUUGACAGCAUCUGCAACAACAAAUGGUUCACAGACACAUCCAUCAUUCUCUUCCUCAAUAAGAAGGAUCUGUUCGAGGAGAAGAUCAAGAGAAGUCCGCUCACGAUAUGCUACCCGGAAUACUCUGGAACAAACACAUACGAGGAAGCAGCGGCCUACAUCCAGUGCCAGUUUGAGGAUCUGAACAGAAGAAAGGACACAAAGGAGAUCUACACACACUUCACUUGUGCCACGGACACCAAGAACGUACAGUUUGUGUUUGAUGCGGUCACUGAUGUCAUCAUCAAGAAUAACCUCAUAGAGUGUGGCCUCUAUUGAAGCAUCAUCUGUCUGCUAAGUUAUUUAUGGAAGAUUUCCGAGGUUCACUGGCUGGUUGUUCCUGGUUUUGCCUGGUGGUGAAUGAACAAGAGAGACCUCCUCCCCACUGCAUGCAUUCUUCACGCUAAAUGCGGUACCUAUGCCCAUGGACAUUUUCCCCCAUCCUUUCUUAAUGACAGUCCGUUAUAGACAUUAUUUCUUUGCCACUUCCCUUUAGUCAUUAUUUUAUUGCAAAUACAGCUUCAUUCUGUUCAUUUCCUGUUUCCUCUCUAGGUAUUACAUAACACACCACUGUGCACAGAUCAUAAUCCACAAUGGAUGUUAAUAUGUGCCUCUACUAACCUCCACUGCAUCAAAGAUCAAACGAUUAUUAAUCAUAAGAUAGGAUCAUAAGACGAUUAUUUUAAAUCCUUUUAAUAACAAUGUGUCAGUUCUUAUGGGAAAGUUACCAUUUUGCCAUGUUUUUCAUAGUGAUCACUUGGCUAAUUUAUAAAAAAAUGUAGGUCUGUCUUUAAGUUUGCAUAUAUUUGCAUACACAUAGGAAUUUACAAAUUAAGCCGCUUUGAUGAGUGAAACUAAGCUAGUGUGAGAACUAUUGUUUUAUAUUGUGUUAUAUUAUUGUCAUACCUUUAGUAAUCCACAGCCCAAUCACACGGCGACAGGACACCAUUUAUUUUUUCACUAAUUAGACUUGGAUCCUUUUACAUAAUGCUUUAUAUAACACACUAUUUUUGUUUCUCUUGAGGAACAGUAAAGGUGUGAACAAAUGUUUUUUUUUUUUCUGAAUGAUGCAGAAAUAAGGACCCUCUCUUGAGUCAAGAACACUUGGGAACAAAUGCCAUGAAAACAGAACAUGAUUGGGAGAUUUACAUUCUUGAAGAGGAUAGAUUUUUUUUAAAGACUUGUUUAAUGUGAUUCUGUUUAAUCCUGUGGAUUUCAGCAUUUUUAAACAAACUGACACAAUGUGAUCUGGUUUGUAAUACCUGUAUUUAAUAUGAAAAGGGUUGACAUCAAGUUCAUUGUCCAUAAUAUCUUGCUCCCAGAACAUUCUAAACAGCCAGAGUUGCCAGCAUGUGCAAAACAGACAAUAUCCAUAUACUGUGUAAAAAGUAUAAUAUUCCAGUGCUGGAACAUUCAUGUUCUCAGUCUGGAUUAAUGCAACAAUUUCUGAUUUAUUUUCUAUAUACCUGUGCUUUUAUUUGAUUUAACUGUUUCAUGUAUUUUAAACAUGAAAGUGCAAGUGAACAACUAACAUUAUAGCACUGAAUCACUAAUAUUCUAAUAAUGUGGUUUGUUUAGUUUUACAAACACCCUUCUAUUGAUUUUUUUUUUUUUUUGUCUUUUCUGAUCAUGUAUAACUCUCCAUAGUACAAUGUUUCUGUAGUUUUGAGAAAAUACAUAUAUAAUCAAUUGACCUUUGUUUAAGGAAACAUAUACAGUAGCAAAUACAUAAUCAGGAUCACAAAUUAAUUACAACACAUGAGUUGAAAAUAAUCUGCUUUUAUUUUUACAAAUAUUUUUCUUGUUUUAAUGACACUGUGUAUCUAAUACUUCAAAUGUGCAAUUGCCAUCUUUGGCAUUCCAGUUGUUUCUCUGAUUGUGCCUGUGGUUAUAAAUGUUGUAUAUAUGUUUAGUCUCACGUUGGUUAGAUAUCUUUACUACUCAUUUAAGCUAUCAUUAGACACCUCUUUUUUAUUUUUAUUAUAUAAUACGCUUAGCAAAAAGUGUGUUGUACUGUGGUUCAUUCAAAAUUAGCUCUGACAGAAAGGGCCAGUGUUUGAAAAUCCCAGUUAAAACAAUCUAAGGUCAGUAUUUUGUGAAAGUGCACAAUUGCAGUAGAGCUAAUGGCCAACCAUUUGCAGUUAACAUAAUAGUAAUUCAACACCAGCAACCAGUGGAAUUGAUGCAAGUCUUUAUUUCAUCUGCCUACAUUUACAUUCCAGGACAUCUCCACAAAUUCAGACCUCAGGCUUUAAACAAAGCAACAGGCCAUUCUAGAAUUUUCACUUGUUACUGUAACACUGUAUCAUAAAUAAAUAGAUUUAUGUCGCCAUAUAUAUUUUAUAUAGAAUCUUUUUUUUUUAAACAGAUUUUUUCCUACUGUUAUUUACAAAACAUACUGCCCUACUGUGUUUGGGGCUGAAAAAGAAACAUCUUUAAUAUAUUGUGUUAGCUGGCUGAAUUCAAACAUCAUGUCUUGCUGAUAUGCAAGUUUUUACACUCUCGAGAACAGAUGCUGUACAUAUACAGAUGUUUCUAAUUUUUACCAUGGGAUCUGAUGGGAUCCCACUUUAGUUUCUUUAAUAAAGCAACAUUUAAUUGCAUUAAAUUAACUUUUCUUUUUCAGGAAAUGAAUGGAAAAACAUCUACCAGUCAAACCUCUAAAGGUUUAACAUUAAAACACAUUGAGAGGAAGCUUCUGUACAAGCAUCAAUAACUCGUAGCAUCAAAAGUCCCCUUUCUUUGGUAACCCUUCUCUCAUUGACUACUAGCAGUUUGACAGGAAAUGUUUUUAGAGUCCCUUUGGAGAGCAGAGGCCAUUAGUCUAAUCUGGAUCUAGUCUCUGAGGUUCGGUCAGGUUGUUGAGCUUGUUCUUUGGCCGGGGAUCUGCUGACCACACUUGACUGCUUACUGUAGAGUUCACCUUCAUGCCACCUGUGGAUGUUCUUUUGUUACUGUGACAACUUCACCAGAGUAGUUCCAAUCAUGCAGGUGGGGAUGGGGCAGAAAGAUCUGAAGAAAAAAAAAAUCAUAGAAGAAUCUAAUUGAAAUGAUUUUAUAGAACUUACUAAAGUUAUAAUAGCAUCUACACUGGAAGUGUGGGAGUGUUAUGCCAUCUAAGCAUGUUUACUACCGUGGACCAUGUUGAUGUUAGAAGUAUAGACAGUAAAAACAGAAAUAGAAGUAGAAACCGUGGCAUCCAUCAACUGAAGGCGAUGGGAGUUAUUUUCUCUUAAUGUUCUGGUUGUGUCCGGUGUAGACAGGGAGUAAGAACCGGCUUUGUGUUUUUAGGGGAACAUACCUUUGAAAAAGACGGUGUUUAGAACAGACCGCAGUCCUUAAGGUUUUCUUUGAUGAUGAUGUCUGUCACAGCGUUAAACACAAUCUCGACGUUCUUUGUGUCUGUGGCACAGGUCAUGUGAGCAUAGAUCUCUUUUACUCCCUUCUUCAUGUUCAGAUCUUGAAAUUGAGCUUUGAUAUAGUUGCUGGCGUCUUCAUAUGUGUUUGGACCUGGAAAAUUUGCAUUUUCAACAUCAUAUUUGAUGGGCAAAUUCAAUAAAGGUUGUGAAGACUGUAUUUGUAUUUACAGUUCAAGUA